CAGCACUCUCGUUUGAAGUCACGCUAACUGCGAAUGUGAAGAGAGAGAGACGCGAUAUGGGCAUAGAAAUGACCGACAUUGAGGCCUUUAUUUUGAAUGAAUUUAUCCCCGCUAAGCCGCUAGACAGCAACCUAGAGGUGGACUUUACCCUCAGGAAACAGCCAAAGUCGAAGAAAUGCGGACAGCGAAGAUGCGGAGUUAUUCUAAAAUUCCCAUUUGCCCAGGCGAGCAGCUCACUAACAGCGGCCAGCAUAAAACACAGCCAGGUUCUUGUGGAAGCUGAUAAGGCAACAGAAACUAAGCGUGUGGUGGAACUCACGUUGGAGUCGGACGACUUUGACUAUGAGCCAGGGGACACAAUCGGCGUACUGCCCAGCAAUGCACCGGCAGUGGUGGAGCAAUUGUUGAAUCGCCUCGGAUUGAUCGAUCAGGCAGACACCAUUUGCCAAAUAAAACUUGCCUUAAAGUGUGCCAAGAAGAGCGCCAAGAUUCCCGCUCACAUACCGGACUCGACGUGCCCACGCGAGAUUUUCACCCACUGCCUGGCUCUCAAUGGUGUUCUCCAGAAGCAGUUCCUUAGCGCCCUGGCGGGCUACACCAGCGACGCCAAGGAGCGCGGUUUCUUGGCCUGCCUCUCCUCCAAACAGGCGACCGCACACUACAAUUCGUUGAUCCUAGAGCAAGGUCUACGCUUUCCGGACAUUCUCGAACUGUGUGCCUGUUGUCAGCCUCCAUUGGCGUUUCUGGUGGAGCACCUGCCACGCCUACUGCCGCGUCCCUACUCGAUAGCCAAUAGUCCUUUGGAGAGCGGCACACAGGAGCUGCGUAUCAUCUAUUCUGUACUGAGUCCCAAGGCUGGAGUGACGACCAGUAUGCUGGAGGCAAAAUGCCAGCGGCAGGAGCAACCAGCUAAGGUGUUCAUCUAUCCACGUCUGACCAAUACAUUCCGCUACACAGAGAAGGAUCUAUGCAGCAACCAAAUACUCAUUGCUGUGGGUACAGGACUGGCCCCCUUUCUCGGUUUUCUGGCCCACAAGGAGCAUCAUCAGAAGCAGCAACCGGCCAAGGGUCAAACCUGGCUAUAUGUGGGCGCCAAGACCCCGCAAGCUGUUCUCAAACGAAAUAAACUGCUAGCCUGGCAACAGUCGUCAGUGCUACAGCGUCUACGUAUGUGCCACUCUCGCGGGGAAUCUCCCAGCUACGUGCAACAGUUGCUGGAAGAAGACGCAGAGGAGCUGGUGAAGCUGCUACUCAAACCGGAUACAGUGCUCUACAUUUGUGCCGAUGGCGCCAAGAUAUCCACGUCCAUAGCCAGCGGACUCUGCCUCUGCCUGCAGAAGGUUCUCCAUCUGGACGAGACGGAGGCCACUCGUCAGCUGAAAGAGCUACGCGAACAGGGAAAAUACCGCGAGGAUCUAUGGUUGUAGGGGAUGGGUGGGUGGAGAACAAUAUGAGAAACACAAAAAUAAUGCUAUUGCUUUGGUCGAAUAAGUAAAUAACGAUAUAUUUAACAACACAAAAUAAAAAUUACAGUGCAGCGGACUAAACUAAAUACAUA